UUAGGUUUAAAGUAGGGUUUUUUUUUUAAAUCUCUUUCACUCUUCUCCUGAUCUGGAGAAUUAAAUGCUCAUACUAACCCAGACUGAACUCAGGCUAAAGAAGUUUGAGGAAGGAAGCAUAUUUCUGUAGAGAUGUUGGAAAAAGGUCAUGGCCUUAUUUAAGCCUAUAGAAAUGACUUCCUACUAUUAAUCACACAUGUAAAAAUAACAGCUGCUAAUGUUACCCCUGGAUCAACUCAUUGGCCACUUCAGAUGUUGCAGCUGAAGUUAACAGCUACAGACUGAUGAUUCUAGACCUUUUUUCAGUGCUAUAGCUUCACUUUACUUAGCCAUUUUUGCCAUUACAAACAGACACUGACAUCUGAACUAUUUGGAUUUAACCUGUGACUGAUCUUGACAUUAUUAGUGUAAGAGAUUUACAUGAGAAGAUGUUAUCUAAUCCUGAUGGGUUUUUUUUUUUCUGCAUUUACUUUACUGUUCUAAUCUGAAUGUCAAACCCAGAUUAAUGCUCAGGUUUUUUUUUUUUUUUUUUUUUUUGGGACACAGGUGGUGCGUCAUGAAUGCUUGUGUAUGACUGUUUUGUUCCAUUGUUACUAUGGACAAAUUCAUGGAAUAUCCCAAAAGUGGUAAUAUGCUCAUUAUACUCCACAUAUUGCCUGCUCUUUGGGUGUCUGUUGUUAAGGAAGGUUAUGCAGGAUAAGAGAGGUAUUUCCUGCAAUGCAAACCUCUGAAGGCCAUAUAUUUAUAUAAUUUGAGGAAGCCAAGGCGAAGUCUCGUCCGUGAGUGCGUGUGCACGCGCGCUCGUGCUGAGCGCCUGCUGUCCUGACCUGUACUGCUGUUAUAGCGCAAAAUGAAAGUUUCAGGAGCACCCCCUGGACCCCAGAGAACACUUCCAGGCUGAGCCUCUCUUCAAGAUGCAACAACAACCACCUAUUCCUGAAGAGUACUGUGAUAAUCAAGAACUCAAACCAAAGAUUGAAUCCAAACCUAGAAGAUAUCUACAGCAUCAUCUCAGUUCAAACUUCAAUAUGUACUUGCCGCUCCACACUAACAAAUGCCUAAGGCCUCCAAAUUCAAAAGAGCAUAUGACAGAAAUGCAUAGAAAAAUAGUACUGAAGCAGGAGGGGUCACAAGAGAGGAAGACAGAAAAAAUUAUAUGUAUGGAAAGGACAGUACAAACAGAUGAGACGGAACCGGAUGUUAUUCUGGAACAGGGGGAUGACUUAGGAUGCGGUGAUGAGUUAGCACAGGGAAUAGAUUUAGAUCUGGUGGAGGGUUUAGAAGAAAGUGAGACAUCUAAGUCAGAGGAUGAGGAAGAGUCAAUGGACCUUCUGUCUGAUUCAUGCAGUAAAAAAGAGGUGGAUGAUAAUGUAGUAGCAGAGCAGAUACAAGUAGAGGAUGUAGGGAAGAUAGCAUGGGGACUGACUAAAAAUGGUGUAUUAACUUCACAUGAAAGUUCUAGUGAUGUUCAAAUGGCUUCUAAUACAGUUUAUGGCUGCAUAACACACAGAGACAGAGUACUAUAUGACAAAAUUUGCACCAGUAAAACUUUCAUUGAAGAAUUGUACCCAGAUGGCAUAAUCCCUGGCAGAAUGUUUUCAAGUGAAGAAGACAUAGAUGGGUUGUUCCCAGAUAUUUGUGAUGCAGGCGAGGCGUUAGCAGACAAAGAUGGACUUUCUGAGUGUGAUCUCUUUGAACAAACAGAACCUCUUCAAAUGACAGAAACAGAGGACAAUGUCAGUGGAGAUAUUAUGAUGCUUAUCACUGAGGAUGGAUCGAACAGCUCAGAUUUGUCUUCAACUUCCAUUGAGGAAGAGGAUGAUGAAAUGCAGGUGGAAAAAGAGAAAAUGGAGGAAAAAGGAAACAAUUAUUUGUCAGACAAAAGUGCUUCUCAGGAUCUCUCAGCUAUUGACUCUCUAGACUGUCCCUCAUCAAACAAUGGAGGUGAAACUCUCCUCGAAUCCGAUCAGACUUCUUUUUCAAAUUCUUCUUCUUCUUCUCAGCCAUUUAUUGUUUCAGGCUCUGAAACUGUCUCAGAUGAUGAUGUAGCAGAUGCAAAUCACAACUUCUGUAGCAAAUAUGUGGCUGAUCAUGAUGAUGCCAUGUCUGCUUCAUUAAAUUUUGAUGUCAUGAGCGCCCUUUCGCUUGUUCAACAGCAACCUGAAACCCAAGGCCAAAGUUUACAACAUAAUCAGGAUGAAGAGAGCAUUGGAGAAGAAAAAGGAGGAGUUGCAAGUGACCACUUGAGUAUAUCUGAAGGAAAAGGACUCACAGUAGAUCAUGUGUAUGAAGAGACAGAGCCAAAAGUUCAAGCCAAAGACUUCCUUCAGAACAGGAAGUACUUUAUGACUCGCUCUAUAUCUGUGGAAACCCCCAGUAAGAGAGUUGACCUAAUGACUAGCCCUGCACCAGGAAAUGGGCGACUUUUGCUACACCCACGCUCAUUCUAUACAGAUCAGUGUUUCCUUGGAGAUAGUAGACCUGCGCUGACUGGUUCAUUAGGAUGUCUUUCACAGGGCACCUCAAACUUAGCUAAAGUUACAAGAGUGGAUAUUCCACCGCCUUUUGAACUGGCAUCCAUCACAAAGCGACCAAUCAGAAAAAGUUCUCCAUCCCUCCCAAACGAAAUCUCCGCUUCUUGCAAGAAGCCUGAUUUUGGGUUUAAACGAUAUCUUCUGCCUUUACGAUUCCUUAGGAAAUCAGAUCGGAAAAGUGUGAUGGAUAAUCGCUCAAUCUCCUCGAGGUCUUCGUCCGAGUCAAGUCCACAAGCGUCAUGUAAACGCUUGGAUUUUAUCAGGCAUAACAUGGGCAGCCUGGAUUUGCAGAGCACUCCAGAUUGCACACCACCUGUGUCUCCUUCUUCCUUUCUCUUCCAAAAGAAUAGACAAAAACAGGGACUAAACUUCACUCUUAAUAAUGAUUUGACUUCUAGCACCAUUUCUAUUGAGCCAGGCUCUCUCUUUGAGCCCCUUCCCCUUUUCAAACCUCGAUCUUUUUCAUCUCCCAAUACCGACUCAUCGGAAUAUGAGAACGUUCAAAACGCUGCUUCUCACUAUGAGAAUGUGCAGAUUCGUCUCCUGAAUCCCGUCAUUCAGAGUCAACGAAAUCAGAGUUCAUCCAAUGAUACUGAUGGCUAUGUGGAUAUGAGCAGUCUGCCAGGCUUCCAGAGCAAAAGUCAGUCAUCUGAGCAAGAGACCGAUAGCCUCUACACUUUCUGUUCUCCUAAUGUGAGGACAGAUGGAACAGUGGGUGUGUCUGUGGGUGUGGCUUGUACACAAGAGAAAAAGACAAAGGCAUCUGAAAAACUGACUGUCAACUGCUCCAGGGCUUUCUAUUGUGCCAAAGAGCUUCUGGAUAGUGAGGCCCAGCAUGUUAAGACUUUACAACUUCUCUGUGAGUCAGUUGAAGCUGAUGAGAGGCUGAUGACAGUGUGGACAGAGGUACCUGAUAUUUGUACUCUCCACCAAAAUAUCCACACAUUACUGGAGACCCGCUUAAAAGAAUGGGAUCAGAAUGAAGGUAUUGCUGAAAUCAUCCUGGCAAAGAAGAAAGAGUUUUCCAUUUUCUCUUCCUACAUCAGUCAUUAUGAUGAAAAAUUGAAUUAUCUGGAACACAUACAAAGCACACUACUAGAUGCAGUGACCCUGAAAAAGCAGUUGCUGCAGGUCAUUGUGCGCAUCCUACAGUACCGUAUGCUACUAACAGACUACCUGAAUAACCUCUCACCAGACUCCCGAGAGUUUGAAAAUACACAAGAUGCUUUGGUUGUGGUCUCAGAUGUUGCUUAUCAUGCCAAUGACAGCCUUAAGAAUGGAGCGGAUCUUCUGCGUUUGGUCCACAUUGAACACAGUGUUCUGGGUCUGACAGAUCUCCUACAGCCUGGGAGAGUGUUUGUGAAAGAGGGCACUCUGAUGAAAGUCAGCAGAAAGUGCAAACAGCCACGUCACCUUUUCUUGAUGAAUGACAUAAUGCUUUACACAUAUCCUCAGCAAGAUGGCAAAUACAGACUCAUCAACAGAUUACCAUUGGCAGGGAUGGAGGUCAGCAAGCCACCUAUAGAGAACUCUCAAAAUGCACUGAAGAUAGAAGUGAAAGAUAUAAGCAUCACUUUGUCUGCCAGCUCCUGCAUCGAACGGGACAGUUGGUUUGUUACACUGAAUCGGACAUUGGUGGAUCUUGGCCCAGCAUCAGGAGAUCUAGUGGGCUGUUUUGAGUUAGUGGAGGGCCCAGAGAUGUGUCUCGGUGAGAACGCUCCUCCCCUGUUGUCUGUUUCCCAGGUGACCGUUUGCAUGAACUGCCCCUCACAUUUCAGCCUCACAAACAGACGACAUCACUGCCAUGCCUGUGGCAAGGUUGUUUGCAGAGAUUGUUGCAGGAACAAAUUCCCCCUCAAAUACAUGAAGAACAGACGUGCCAAAGUGUGUGAUCAUUGUUACACUGAGCUGCGUAAGAAUGAUGUUGCCACAAUAACGGAGAGCUCUAGUCGACCACUCUCUGCUGUCUUCCAAAACAUUCAUCCAUCAAGUCUGUGGAAGAGCCGCAAAGGCCAGAUGUCUUUCAACCAGGAGACAGGGUCUGAGGGGGUGAUGAGUGGAACACUGCAGAGAUGCAAGAACACCAAGAGAAGUUGGAGAAGCCUGUGGUUCCUCCUAAAAGAUAAAGUUCUCUACACAUAUCCACAACCUGAGGAGAGGGUCGCAUGUGAGACCCUUCCUCUGUUGGGUUUCUCUGUGAGGUCAGAGGUUGAAGAGGAAAGCAGCAUGUUUCAUCUGUACCACAAAAGCACACUCUUCUAUACAUUCAGAGCCCAGGACAGUCACACUGCGCAAAGGUGGGUCAAUGCCAUGGAAGAAGCUACAGUCCUGUAGCAUCAGCCGUCCUCGUUGUGUCGUCUUCUCAUAUCAGCAAUUAAAUCUACUAUUGAUCAUUCGAGAGCAAUGCAUUUACAUGUCAUACUCAAAAAUCACUACCCAGUGUGACUGGGAGCGCAAUCAGCCAUCCCUACGUUAACGUGACGCAACAGAUGUAUUUUUGGAAUGCCAAGGGAACAAAAUGCUCACACUCAGACAUUUAUUUCGUGCCAAAUGCUUCUUCCAAAGACCUCGUUGAGCUGUGGACACACUUUAAAAGGCUCACUGUAGCACUUCCAGCUGUCAUCUAGAUGAGAAUAUUUUAAAACCAUGUUGCUUAACUUAUACAAUGUAAUAUAUUAUGCAAUAUCCCAGAUCACUAAACUAUAUUAGGACAGUUUCUAUAGAUGGGAACUGGUGUGAAUUUAAGACUCUUCUAUUCAGUUAGUGCCAUUUGCUUGCUGUCAUUUCAUGCUAGAUUAUAUUUCCUAGUCAGUCGUUUGGACAAUGGCAUCUACGGACAACCAGUGGGUGUAAUUUUGGACUGAUAGUUAGUAUCUAGCAACAGAGCUGGUAUUCUCGUUGCAUUUGAUGAUGAUGUAAUGUUUAAUUUACUUACUUUUGUCCAAUCUGCCAUUCUGUUCACUUGCAAUGUCAUAAUUAUCAUCUUCAAUAUGAGGGCUUAAUGUAUAUUUAUGAAGAAUGUAUACGUAGUUUGUCAGAUGGAUUUAACUGUUAUUUUAUCAUUUGAAUAAACAUUUGAGUGUA